AUGAGGGCCAAAAAAUAUAGCACCUUGAAAUACAACAUAUUUGUUAAGGGACUCAAAAAUGUAGACAACGCGACAGAGGGAAGAAACACUUCUUUUCCAAGCGAGGAACCCAUUAUGAUCAAUAACAACGUGAAUAGUAAAAAAAGUCAACAUGCAGAAAACAAUGAAAAGUUCUACUGUGACGAUUUGCUGCAAAUAUACGAACAUAGAUACCUUCGCCAUAUUUUUAAAAACAUCAAAAAUGUACCUUCUCACAAGGGAAUAAAAACGAUUAGUAAUGCAGCUUACGUGCAAGGUCAAAAUCCGUGUAACUCAGGAGAGCACCAGUUAAGCAACGGGACAAAGGACAAUAACCUGGACAAAUCAGAAGCUGGAAUUAACGAUCAUCAUAGUAGGAAUCAUAUACACAAUCGUGAUGACGGAAAAUAUGGCAAGAAUACCGUUUUGAAGAGGAACUUAAAUGAAGAAAGCACCCCUCCUGGAAAUUUCACACAUUCUCGUCAUUACAGUUCGUGUGAUGCCAACGGGGUUAAUAAUGCUAAUGUAAAAAGUAGCACCGCGGAUGAUGCUGUCAGCCAGCUCGGCAGUGCCCUCGUCAAAGGUGACAAUGCGACUGAGUUGACUGAACAAAAUAGGCACUUUUACUCCAGACACAUAAAGGACACCCGUAGGAGCGACAAUUUUGGGGGAGAAAAAAUACCAAAUGAUCGUCAGCCCGACUCUAGAGAAAUGGGGAACAGUUGGGGGCAGAACACGGAAAAGGAAAAUAAAAAUAAUCUGAACUAUUCGAAAGUUCGCAAACAUAGUUAUAAAGACGCGUCUCAAAUUGAGCUUCUUCAAAAUGGGAUACACAAAAAAAUCGAAACGUUAAGUAGUGCGAACUGUGAAAGGGGAGAAUCCCUUGUGGCACCCCUAACACGAAACAAACCUGAAAAGAGUGGGAACUCCUGGGAAGAAGACGACAAUCCAACAUGCCUCCUACCCAACAUCAUACAGGCAAAAAAGGAAGGAGAGGAGAAAAUCCAAAACGGCCCCAACGCAACGGAAAAACUCAUUAAAAAUAUCCUAAUUAAGGAAUUAAAAAAUGAAAUCUAUUAUAGCAUUAUCAAAAUGGAAGGAGAUGGAGAAGGUGAAGAAGACGGAGAAGUUGAAGAAGAUGAAGAAGAUGGAGAAGAUGGAGAAGUUGGAGAAGAUGGGGAAGGUGAAGAAGAUGGAGAAAAUGAAGAAGUUGAAGAAGUUGAAGAAGAUGAAGAAGUUGAAGAAGAUGAAGAAGUUGAAGAAGAUGAAGAUGGAGAAGAUGGAAAAGAUGGAGAAGUUGAAGAAGAUGGAGAAAAUGGAAAAGAUGGAGAAGUUGAAGAAGAUAGAAAAGAUGGGGAAGGUGAAGAAGAUGGAGAAGAUGUAGAAGUUGGAAAAGAUGGAAAAGAUGGAGAAGUUGAAGAAGAUGGAGAAGAUGGAGAAGUAUCCCGCAAAUAUAAACGUAGACAAUCACGAAAAGGGACAACCUACAAAUUGGGGAGUAACAAUCGGUUUGAAACACCCAGGCGCGGAAACCACCUCUUUGAGAGCUCCCCUCCCUCCUUUAAACUUAACACUUCUAGCAGUGAUAAACACGAAACGACCGACACACAAAACAUACCUGAAACGGAGGCCAUCGAUGAAAAGCCCCUCAAAAGGGACAACAAAGUGGAACACAAGGGUAAACAAAAAAAGGUAUUAAAACAAGAAGGCAAUAAAAUACCACUAAGUGCUAGCCAAAAAAAAAGCGAAAAUGAAGAAAAAACGGGAAAUAAAAACUGUGCAAACUUAAAGAAAGUAGACAUUAAUAGGGAAGAAAAACAAAUCAACCUUUUGAAAAGUAGUACAACUAAUGGACAUGUUCCAAAUGAGGAAAAACGUCAACUUAGAGAUGCCCCUAAAAGCACAACAAAUGUAAGAACCCCCAAAUUGGUCAUCCACAAAAUCGAUAGGGAAAAUUCGAAGGAAUACAUUUCCAUAAAAAUUGAAAAUAAACCGAGCGCAAUCAAAAAAUGCACACUGGAAAAAACCAGCAAGAAGAAUCGAAUUUACGCAGAUAAAAACAGUAGAGAAUACACCACCUUGACGGACCACAUAAACGACAUUAUUUGCAAAAUAUUUAAGACGCAAAAGAGACUCCUCAUUUUUCAUACCAUCGUCUACUCCGUGAAUGUCCUACUUUUUUAUGCCUUACUACAGAGGGACUUACUGAUCAAUCAGGAGAGUAGCAGCAACACAAAAGGAAUACUGUGUAUUCUCUAUAUCCUCAUUGCAGAAUUGUACAUACUAUUUUUAAACAACGCUUUUUAUUUUUUUUUCAAAAAUCAGAUCAAAAACGUCAUUUUUUCCCUAGACAGGGUUAAUUUAAUACAUAUCAUGAGCAAACUAUUUCCACAGUACUCCUCCUUUUUUAAGAAGCAAUUUUCCGUGCAUGAAAAAAAUGGAAAUUCAUUUUGCAACGAGUUGGAAGGUCACCAAAGGGGGAGACACAAUGAGAAAGCUUUAACAGCCGCGGAGCACUUUUCGAAUGCGUAUAACAAUUGGUCCAUUCAAAAAAAAAAAAAAUUCUCUGUACGAUUUGCGGACGAUGAAAUACUUGACAACCCCCAAAAUGGCCAUCACAAUGUGACAAACCCAAAAAAUGAUCAGGCGCGAUAUGCACACCACAGCGGAGAAGGUAACACGAAAAAAAAUGCACCGAUGAUGGAUGGGGAAAACUUAGUUCUUUUACGAAGCAUGAGAGGAGCUUUCACUCAUUCGCCUUUUAAAGCGUCUAACGCGAGCCCGUAUGGAACAGAUUCGAAACAAACACAACCGGGUAACAGUUUAACAGGACAAGGAAAUUAUCCGCGUUCAUUUGAACAAGCUGGACAAAAUGACAAAAUAAAAUACUCCGCCUUGGGGGAAGCACAAACGAAUAAGUCUACAGAGAAUGAAAAAAUAACCAAUCUCACAGUUUUCAUACUAAAUGAACAAAAAAAAAGCAUUCCGAAUCGAUUUUUUUUUUAA